AGAAAAAGGGAGAAGGGUGAGGUUAUUAAACUAACGAAGCCUGAACCCUUUGAUGGAGAUCUACGUAAAAUGGAUAAGUUUUUUUUAGAACUUUUAACCUACUUCGGAUACUUUCCCUGCACCCUGAAGGAUGACGAAGACAGAGUUAUCUUCGCAGGCAGCCGCCUUGCAGGAGACGCUGAAACAUGGUUCCGACCUAUUAUAUAG